CGAAGUUUUUGAAUUUCCUACUCGCUCUCAGUCGCAGCAGAAGCGACGGCUGGCCGGAGCUUCACGAAGGUAAAUCGUUUAGGGUUCCGAUCCAAUGGUGAAGACGCUGCAAGGAGGAGGAGGGAGCCAGAAUCUGCCAGCGGAUGUGGCGCAGGUGAUCGAUCAGCUGGAGCGCCACUGUCUGGCCCCCGAUGGAUCUCUCGUCUCCAAAUCUGCCUACUAUGACCUUCAACUCGCGAGAGAAGAGAUGGCGAGAGAAAGAUUGCGUUACUUGGAAACUAUGGCAAUUUAUUGUGAAGCAUCUGCUAUGGUGGAAGAGUAUCAGCAGGCUGUGUCAAGCCCUAGUCUUGGAGGCAUUCGGGACGCCCUGUAUCCACAGCUUAGCUUGAAGAGCCACUCCCAGGUUUAUGAGACUCUAGAGCAUCGAUUGGUUGUCGCAGAAGCAGCUCAGAAACUGAGGCUUCCUCUUAUAUCAAAAGAUGGUGAGGUUCAGGAGGAAGAUAUCGAAAAAUGGAGUGUGAUGUCACGUAGCUCCCUAGAUAGUACCGGUACCAGUGCCACAAUCAGCUCAAGCUCUAAUUCACUAUAUUAUCCAAAUAGUACCACAAACAGCGCAGGUGCAAUGGGUAGUGCCUUCUCUCCAAGUGUGGGUGACUCAUUGGAUCCUGGAGUUGGUGGCCUAGCCAAUCAGUAUCUUGGUAUUACCCCUGCCUAUCUAUGGCAAACUCAGCUCCAACAGAUGCCCUUAAUGAUGGACAUGGCUGAAUAUCAGAUGUCUUUGUCCCAUGAAAUUGAGACUCGUUUGAAGGACAAAUGUGAUAAGUUAGCUGAUGCUUUUGUUGAUGAUAUUGAUUCUGCAUCUGCUGCUCACAAUUCAACAGCUUGGCUUCCAGAGAGGGUGAAGUUGAUAACUGAGGAAAUUGAAAGGGAAGAAGGAGCUCUGAGGGAGGACCUCUAUUCCGUUGAUCGAAAAUUUGCUGAAUAUUAUAAUGUCUUGGAGCAGAUCCUUGGGGUGCUCAUUAAGCUUGUCAAAGAUUUGAAGUUGCAACACCAGCACAAAUAUGAUGAACUACAAACGACUUGGUUGUGCAAGAGGUGUGAGACAAUGGACGCAAAGCUAAGGGUUCUGGAGCAUGUUCUACUACUGGAGACUUAUACUCAGGAGUCAAUACCAGCACUCCACAAAAUAAGGAAAUACCUUAUCGAGGCUACCGAAGAGGCUUCUCUUGCAUAUAACAAAGCGGCCACACGCCUUCACGAGUACCUAGGUGUUGACCCCCAAUUCGACACCAUCGCAAGACAAUACCAGGAGAUAGUCAGGAAACUGGAGAAUUUGCAAUGGACAAUCCAUGAGGUCGAGAAGGACGUGAAGCAGAGCAAGUAAAUCCGCCGUGGCCCUGUUCUCGUGCAUGGACGUGAUUAUCUCAAUGGUGGUGUACCCAAAGCUCAUCUCGCUGUCAUCACUCACGUUCUUUCGGCCUUUUUCUGGGAUUUCAUCAUUUUGCUAGUUGUGUACUUAUGUUUGUAGUUCGUUGUAUAUAGUAAACCGCGUGUAUACCUGGAGAGUUCCUGAGUUGCUCAUCUUGGCAUCCUUUUUCCUCAAUGUAUUUCAAGCAUUCAUUAGUUUUGUGGCUUUGAAGAUAUGACACAUUCUUUCGGGGCAGGAUACUAUGACUACCCCAAAAGGGUUGGGUUUUUGACACCCCCUCGUGCAGCUAUCCACGUGUCCUUCUUCUUUGGCUAACUACUAAUGAUUAUUGCUUUAUUGGGAAGUUGUCAUUAUUAUUGCUUUAUUGGGAAAAUUCCCAUAAUAAUGAUGCAUGGGAAAAUUCCCAUAAUAAUGAUACACGGGAAAACAAUAAUCUUUCAUCUCCCCUUCUCUUCCUUUCAAAUUUCUUUCCACCAGAACCCUCUCUCGGCAUCUUCUCAGUCCAGCAAAGCCUCCCUCCGGCGGUUCACAACCUCCGUUCCGUCGACCCUCUCCCGUCCCUCUGUUCCCCUCGAGUCUCCUCUCCUACGACAUCGACUUCAUCACUUCACACGGCCGGAAAUCAUCAAGAUGAUUUGGACGAUUUCGUCUCUAACGUCGAGCAUAUGGAAGACGGCGGCAGAGGAAACGCACCAGUGGAGUGGUACGUGUACCAGUGGAGUGGUACGUGUACAUCGACUUCAUCACUUCACGCAGCCCGAAAUCAUUAACGUCGAGCAUAUGGAAGAUGGUGGCGCUGCCGUGAAAGUGGAGCCAAUUAGAGACGCCGAGGAACACCAAAAAAAUCUCAGUAAGGAUUUGUAUUCAUGUCUCGUCGACUUCUCCCGCCCGACAAUGUACCAGUGCACUGGUAUUUUGUAUCAUUGAAGCAUUAGAUAUAAUGUACUUGUUUUAAAAUUGUUGAGGGACAAAUUUCUAGAUGAAAUAUCGAUGUUCAAACGUUACCAUUGCAACAUUAGAUAUAAUGUACUUGUACCACUGAACUGAUACAUGUAUCACUAAACUGAUACAUGUACCACAGAGAGUAUGGCAUGAGGGAAUUUACUGGUAUUUGUAUCAUUGAAGUGGUACUGCAUUGUUGCUCCGUUAUUGUUUAUCAUUGUUAUGAAAAAUAUCAUUGCACUGGUAUUGUUCUCACUCCAACUCGUAUUUGCCACUUCUAAUGUACCACUUCAUUUGUAUUUUGUAUGGGAGAAAUACACUACACGCCACUAAACUAUAAGAAUUGGGGGAAGGAUACUACUAAUGUGAAAAUAGAGCACCAAAUACCAUUAAAGUUCCCAAAAUAUGCAUCCAUUAAAUUCUUCAUCAAUUUGAUUAACCAAAUGAAUACAAUAUAUUUUUCCACCUCAAGCCUCUUUAACUUUCGUUGAAACUCGACAUUAAGAGUUGCUGGACCAUAAAUAUCUUCAUUGUCAUUGCUCCAUUUUGCAAGCUCCCUAAUCGCUCUCGCUUGUAGUCCGGAACGUGCUCUACUCCCUGGUCCGUGCGAUUUGUCUUUCCUAGCGUGCAUCCGACGCCGCUCCACAACUUCUCGAGGAACUCACUGCUCUGACUGAAAUCAAAGAAGGUAAAAUCAAAAGUCAAACCAAUAAAUAUAACUACUGAUAGAUGAGAUCAACAAUAAGACUUUCACUGCAGAUAUAUCAAUCCAUUGAUAGCUCUAUCCUAGAAAGCCAUUCUAAACAUAACUACUACGGUAGUUGUACUUUAAACAACCAUAAUGAUUUUGUUUGUACCACUACAGUGAUAGCACUACCCACAAAAACAUCACAACGAACUACCACUGCAGCGAUAGAUCAACAACUGCAGUGAUAGAUCUACCACUAAAGUGAUAGACACAGUAUGCCACAAAAACAUUCACAUGGUUAACUAUAUCAAUGUGGUGAUAUACUGCAGUCAAAUAAACAACACUACAUUAUCCAAGAAUCAACUAUCACUGGACUGGUAUACUUCCGUACCAGAAUAAACAAUUUAUAUCACUCCAAUGAUAGACAUACCAGUACACAGGUACUGAUACCACAAGAAAAAAUCCAGUUCUCGAAACUCAAAAACACAGAUCUGGGUGAUGAAAAGACCAUUGCACUCGUACUAAUACCACACGAAAAACCCAUAUAUAUGAGUUUGGGAGAGAGUGCUACCUCAUAUUCUUUUUCGUCGUCUUCGCCGGAAAGGGGAGGAGGGCCAACGCCGGAAGGGUAGGAGGGUCGUUGUCUUCGCCGGAAAGGUGAGGAGGGUCAUCGUCUUCCCUGUCGAUCCCUUCGCGUCGAUGAUCGAAAAGAUAGACCUGUGGCGUGAAGUCGGAGGAUGGCCGACGGAUGGGAUGGGCCGCCGAUGGUCGUUGAGGAAUCGUAAAGGAGGCCGGAAGGGUGAUGAUUCCGUCGCGGGGAGAGGUUACGUCGGGGGAGGGUUUCCAUAGAUAGGUUAUUGAAAGGGAGAUAGGAGGAGACGAGAGGGAGUGAUAAAAGGGUGAGGGUUAAUUAAUUUUGUAUUGACCUUGGUAACCAUUUUUUCCUCGAUACCCAAUUUCUUUCCUUUUCAAUGUAGGUUAUAGAGCAAUAAUUACGUGAUUACUGCUCAAUAAAUGGAUGUUUAAUCCUAACCAUUCGUUUAACACUAAUAAAAAUGGAUGACAUCUAAGUGGGGUGUCAAAAAUCAAACCCCUUAUGGGAUAGUCAGUAGGGAUGGCAAUUUCGACCUGACCCGAUUUACCCGACCUGUUUGACAUGUUUUGGGGCGGGUCAAACCCGCCCCGUAGGCGGGGCGGGGCGGGCAUGGGUACCUCUCAUCGACCCGACCUGCCCUGACCCGGCCCAUUCUCGACCCGUUCUUGCCUAAAUUACAUAUAAUUAGUUAAAUUACUUAAAAUUUUCCUCUUAUUACAUUAUAUUUUAGCUAUAAUAAAGUUGUAAAUAUGUGAAAACCUCAAUUUCUUCAAUAAUUUAACUACAUUUUUAUCAUAUUAUAGUUUCUUUCUUGGUCUUUCAAUGAAAAGAACGAAUAUUUCUAAUGUUUUUCACAUAAAUUACAUACCCAAUGGGUCGACCUGCCCCGACUCGCGCCCGUGAUAAAUUACCCUACCUGCCCCGACCCGCGCCCCGUGAUAAAUUACCCGACCUGGCCUGACCUGCCAUUGGGCUGGUAUGGGUAUCGAGAUACCCGCCUCGGACCUGCCCAUUGCCAUUCCUAAUAGUGGAUUAAUUCCCUAAAUACAGUAAUAAUUAAAAA